GUACUGGCAGCCCGCGUUUUCCAACCUCACCGCCAUCCACCUCACCCAACCUGACGUAUCCACCUUUGCGCCUCAGCAGCGGCAAUGGAGGCGUUCAACGAUAUCUACCUCAAUUUCUCCAAGAAGCAUGGCGUCACUCGCUUCGCCGACUCUGGCUGGGGAUGGAAGCCUUCGAGCGGCGGCGAGACAUUUACGCUGGACCAGUCUCAGAUACUAUCGGCGCAGUGGAGUCGUGCCGCACGAGGCUACGAGGUGAAGGUGCUCUCACGAACGGACGGCGUCAUUCAGCUCGAUGGCUUCAAGCAAGAGGAUUUCGACCGGAUAGCCAAGCUCUUCAGGGUUUGGUACGGCAUCAACCUGGAGAACCGAGAGCACGCUCUCCGCGGUUGGAACUGGGGCAAGGCAGAAUUCGGCAGGGCCGAGCUGUCCUUCAACGUCGCAAACCGUCCGGCAUUCGAAGUGCCCUACACCGAAAUCUCGAACACAAAUCUGGCAGGCAAGAACGAGGUGGCGGUCGACUUCUCUCUUCCCGCGGAUGGCGAGGUAAACGGCCAUCUGGGCGGGGCGCGGUUUCGCGGCAAGAAGUCUGCGGGUGCCAAAGACCAGCUUGUCGAAAUGCGCUUCUACAUACCCGGCGUGGCUUCCAAGAAGGAGAAGAAAGAAGACGGCGAGGAGAUGACGGAUGGCGAAGAAGGAGAAGAGCAGAACGCUGCCAAUCUCUUCUACGAGACACUCAUGGAGAAGGCUGAGAUUGGCGAGGUUGCAGGCGACACAUUUGCCACCUUCCUCGAUAUCCUGCAUCUGACCCCCAGAGGUCGUUUCGACAUCGACAUGUACGAGAGCUCGUUCCGGUUGCGAGGAAAGACGUACGACUACAAGAUUCAGUUUGACUCGGUCAAGAAGUUCAUGGUACUGCCGAAGCCCGACGACAUGCACACCCUCAUCACCAUCGGCCUUGAUCCUCCACUGAGACAAGGUCAGACGCGGUACCCGUUCCUUGUCAUGCAGUUCAAGCGCGAUGAGGAGGUCAACCUUGACUUGAACAUGAAGGAAGAGCUGUUGGAAUCCAAGUACAAGGAUAAGCUACAGUCACACUACGAGGCGCCCAUUGCCGUGGUCGUCUCCGACAUCUUCCGAGGGCUGAGCGGCAAGCGCAUCUCUAGGCCAUCCCGCGACUUCAUCAGCCAUCACGAGCAGUCUGGCGUCAAAUGUUCGAUCAAGGCCAAUGAAGGGCACCUGUUCUGCUUGGACAAAGCCUUUAUGUUCGUCCCGAAGCCCGCCACGUAUAUUAGUAUGGACAACAUUGCAUCGGUAACCAUGUCUCGAGUCGGAGGAGCCAUGGCAGCUAGCCGAACCUUUGACAUCACUUUCACGAUGAAGGGAGGACUGGCGGAACAUCAGUUCUCUAACAUCAACCGUGAGGAGCAGCAGCCACUCGAGAACUUCUUCCGGGCCAAGGGCAUCAAGACGAAGAAUGAAAUGGCUGAUGAUUCUGGAGCGAUCCUUGCUGCGGCCCUCCAGGAUGACGAUCUCGCUUCUAGUGACGGCGAGGUUGCAAAUCGCGGAUCCGCAGACGAGGACGACGAGAGCGUCGACGAGGACUUCCAUACCGAAUCGGAAUCGGAGGUGGGAGAGGAAUUCGACGAAAACCACCGAAGUAGCGACGACAGCGAUGAUGAAAUGGCGGAUGCGGAUGCGGAUGCAGAUAGCGAUGCGGCAGACAAGGAAGCGGAGAUGGAACAGCGCCCAAAGAAGAAACAGAAGACGGCAAAGUGAUGCGCCAGCCGCGCUAAGACAGCGGUGAGACUAGCGCGAAAGGCGGUGACCACGGUUUCCCGAUGAUAUUCCGAAUACUCAAGAAUCUUCGAUGGGCAUUGGUGCCGUUUGCAGGAUCGUGGCGGAUGAGCGCUUUCGCAGUAUGGAGACGAGUCCGAGCUGGCUGAUUAGGCGUACGGUAUGUGCCUGGCCGAAACAUGGCUUUUGGGUGCCGAUGCAGGCCCAAGGGGUUGGGCAUUAGGCGCUAAACGGGCCGAGCAUUUUUCUGGAAGCAGCAAGGGGAAAACCUGAUGUAGUGGCAAAUGCUAGCGGGAACAAUCCGACGAUAGCGCACGUGUAUUGGCCUCCGCUAGCCCGUGCUGAUGUGCGUCGGGUCAUGAGUCGGAUGUGCUU